AUGUCGCUGUUCGCAAUGAGCCUCCUCCAAGUAUUAUGCUCACCCGCAGUCCAUCUACUAAGCUUUGCUGGGCUUUUUGGCACGCAGCUCUACCAGUCCUUCAUCGUCACAAAGGUGUGUUACACCUCAUUGCCCAGCGAUGCCUUUAUCCGGCUCCAGCGCAGGAUCUUCCCAAUAUAUUUCCGGAUGCAGAGUGUCCUGUGGCUCGUCACGGCGCUGUCAUUCCCGCCGACCGGACCCUGGUCGCUGGUCCAGGGUGGUGCAGCUGACUGGGCUUCAUUCGCCAUCGGGGGCCUCUGCGCAGUGCUCAACCUGCUCUUGUUUGGGCCAAACACGAUGCGUGCCAUGCUUGCGAGGCGCGAGCUCGGAAUGGCGGUCCGAGGGAACGAGGAGAAUGGCGAGACGGACGUCGAUUUGGCUGCGGCGAAGCGGAGAUUUUCCAAGAAUCAUGCAGCCUCGAUACACCUCAACUUGCUCUGCAUCAUUGCCUUGUCCUGGCAUGGCUGGCGGCUAGCAGGCCGCAUGGCUUUCUGA